CCUUUACCACCACCAACACCACCAGACAGCCUCUUUACGACCUUUUAGGCCUAGCUGCAAGCCACUUAUGUCGAGACUUGUAAAAGACGUCGCAUCCUUCAAGUCAGUCCUCCAGAGACAAGAUUAUACCUCAUGGCACUCCCAACCGCCUCCACUAGCCUCAACAAGCCAAGGAGCAGACCAAUCCUCAAAUGAAGCCGAGUCCUCACCGUCUGGAGCCAAGAAGAAGAGGCCCAAAAGCAGUGUGUUUGGAUUUCAUCUUUCUUUUCAAUGCUAGUGGAUUGGACAUCAUGUUCCGCUAGACAUUGUGUAUUCGCAGCCUGCCGAUACUGGUUCGGGCAAGGAAAUGAGUACACAACUGGUCUAUGCCGUUGACCAUUUGAAGUCUACACAUAACCCGAUGCGUCUGCAAGAUAUCGCAAUAUAUACAGAUACAGACGUUGAUACCAACCCUAUACUGCAGGAAAAGUUUCGGAAUCAUGAUCGAGUUCAUUGGGAUCCCAAGACGGACCUGUACUCCUACAAGCACGAAUUCAAUUUCCGCAAUAAAGCUUCUCUACUCACCGAAAUCGAGCGGCAGACGAAAAAAGGUGGCGGUAUACCUGUUCGGGCACUCAAAGAGUCAUGGAAGGAAGCACCACAGGCGAUAGAGGAGUUGGAGCAAGAGGGUGAUGUUUUGGUGACUCGGACGCAGAAAGACGGGCAGCUGAAGAUGGUAUUUUGGAAUGAGCUUAAGCCGUCUGAAGAGAAAGGCGGAUUACCGGUCGAAAAAGAAUUCAAUGACCUCUGGCAUGGACUCAAAGUACCGAAUGAAGUUGAUCUACUCAAACAGCUACAAAAUGAGGGCCUUCAAGCAACCACCGCAGCUCAAGGCCCUACAACCAAGGCACCAACUGGUAAGAAGAAAGGGAAGAAGGGAGGUGCACCUCGGCAACGGCAGGUCCGCAUCACUAACACGCAUCUGAAAGGCGAGAUCGACCUUUCGAAGGAUUAUUCUGGACCGGGGAAGUGACCGCGUUAUUAGCAUCUUAGAUCUUUCCAUACAUGUACCUUCUAGAUCUGUAGUGUAAUAUAUCACUCAUGACUUCAGA